GGAGUGAAACCGAAUUGAGAGUUUCUGUGGAAACUAGACUACUGUGACUGCAGCGAACCAAAACAAGCGAGGAGUUACAGCAAGUGUUUUCGUUUUAUUUUAAGAAAUAAUAUAUUAUUUCGGUAAUGGAGAACAGUGGUGAAAGCGGAGAUGACAAUGGUCCUUUAGGAUCAACAGCUUUUCUAGGAGGAGGUUCUGUUACAGCGUCUUAUAUUGGUGUACAAUCUGAUGAUAUCGAAGAUGAUCCUGAAAACACUGAUGAUUCCAAUCAUGAUGCAUCAGAUCCUCUGCACAGCCCUGGAGCUUCCACUGGCGGUGGACCUCUUCGUGAACAAGAUCGCUUUUUACCCAUAGCAAAUGUUGCCAAGAUCAUGAAAAGAGCCAUUCCUGAAGCUGGAAAGAUAGCUAAAGAUGCACGUGAAUGUGUUCAAGAAUGUGUUUCUGAAUUUAUCUCAUUUAUCACAUCGGAAGCUAGUGACAGAUGUCACAUGGAGAAGCGUAAAACUAUUAAUGGUGAAGACAUUCUGUUUGCUAUGACUACGCUUGGCUUUGAUAAUUAUGUCGAGCCUUUGAAAGUAUAUCUGCAGAAGUACCGGGAAACAACAAAAGGUGACAAUCCUACCAAUGCUGCUACAACUUCUGGCAAUGGAAAGACAGAACCCCAGAGUAAUAUGUAUGAGGAUCAAUUAUUUGCUAUUACAGCAACUGCAUCCAGUGUAACUACUUCUGAUCCUUCUGUUAUCUAUAGUAGUUACUCGUCCAAUGAGCAGGUGCAGUUUCCACUCUCCUGAUCAUUGGGAAUCGGAGUAAUUGGUGUAAUGUAUUAUAAUGUAUGAGGACAUAUGUGAAAGAAGAUACAUGAUGAUGAUGAUGAUUGCAUAUCAUUCCUAAAUCAAGAAGAAAAAACAAUGCCUAACAUUUUCAGGCAAAGUAAAGUAUUCUAAAACUUAAAACCUCAUUGUUGUAAGAAAUAGACACAAACGCGUUGUAAAGGUUGUUGGUUAAAACUGAAUACUGAGAGGUAGAGUAAUCUUUAUAAAAUAAGGAAUUUAUGUAAUAAACUUCAGACUAUGAUAAACUACAGACUUAAUUAAUAGUGAUUUUGUUUACUGUUUUGUGAAUUUUUUGUUUACUGUUUUGAACACAUGACAAGGAUAGAAAAAAUGUAGUCGAUUCCUUUAUUUUUCUAUGGUUUAAGUUCUAAAGACGCACUUAGACUACUUUUUAGGCUGCGAAAACUCGCGGGUUCAGGCCGCAACGGAAACUAGAGCCGAGUAAUCGGCUGUAAGAACCGGCAGUAAAAAAUGGUAUAUGUAUAUGUAUAUAUGUGUACACACACGCACACACACACACACACA